AUGCCUAACGCGUCACCCAAGCUUCCUCACAGAGCCCAGCGGACAUUUACGAAUGAUGGUCCGAGCCUGCCAGCGAUCGAGUCCAAUGAGGAUACUAUCCAGUACCCUCCAUGGGCCGACUGUGAUCCGGAAACCAUCCAUUCCUUAUGUCAAGAGAACAUGUCCCUCAGACGACGUAUUGAAACGUUGGAGCAGGAGAAGGAGUGGUUGGAACGAACUCUAGCCACCAAGAGUGCAUGUAAGAAGUGUUCGAGGUGUAACUGCACGAAGAUUGGGGUCGUUCCUGUUGUGACAGACGAUGAGGAGGAGAAUUCUGAAGGUGAGAUUGUUGAUGUCGAGCUCAAGUGUGUGAACGACGAGAACCUGAGGACGCAGGCUCGAACAUACUUAUGGACUUGGCCGGAGAGCAACACACCGAGCCGCAGGCAGCCCUAUGAGGUAGAUGAUGAGGAAGUGAGAGCUAUCUUUGAGGCCGCUACCUCGGACAAAGGGCUGCUCUACUACUCGGUGUUCUUCGAAUGUCGUGGUCUCGAGGACGACAAUCGGCCUAAGGCGAUUCACUUCAUUACGAAGUACAAGCUCCCGAGGAGAUGGAAACAAGUGGCCGAUCGUUUGAGUCAAGACUGGAACAUUGACGCCUUUGCACGCGUGCCAGCAAUGACUAUCAAGCGUGAUACGUAUCAAAUCAUGUUCGUCCACUGCUACCGGGCAUACGGGCCAUCCAAGGAAGGCGGACUCAAGCCUCUGUUCUCUCCUCGCCACCCGCCUCUCGCCGACAUUCUCCCACACAGUCUACUCCCUCGAGUGGAGGAGACAUGGCCUCUGCCUGAGGCAUGUAUAAGUGAGAUUGCUCAUGACGACGACACCGAGCUGUGA